AUGUUCGCCGGCUUCUCCCUUCGGACGGCUUUGACGGCCUUGCUCGUCUUGGGCACAGCAACGUCCUCGGUCCUUGCGAGCGAUCCCUGUGUGCCGAGAGAUGAAGACAAAGAUUGGGUUACGGUCUGGGGCGCCAUGCCACAGCUGACUGAACCCCAUAACUUGCCUCCGGUGCCCUUUAACGAGACAGGACGCGUCUUCCACGACAGCACGAUCCGCCAAACCGUCAAGGCAUCGCUGGCCACAUCGACUCUCCGUCUGGAGAUCAGCAACGCCUUUGGCGGCUCCGACCUCCCCAUCACCGCCGUCUCCGUGGCCCUCCCGGUAGACCCGUCCCGAGCCGGCGGUAGCGCCAUCCAACCCAACACGGCGCAGGAGGUGACCUUCUCGGGCUCCCGCUCCAUCAUCGUCCCCCAGGGCGCCCUGGUGCUCUCCGACCCCAUCGACAUCGCCGUCGAGUCCGAGUCGAUCCUCGCCAUCAGCAUCUACCUCGCCGACGGCCAGACCACCAACGACCUCACCUCGCACCCGGGCAGCCGCACCACCUCCUGGCUCGUGCACGGGAACCACGUCGCCGACGCCGACUUUAACAACGCCACCCCGUCGGACCACUGGUACCUCAUCUCCGCGCUGGAAGCCCCGCUCAACACCCCCGGCGCGGACGAGGAGGCCGCCACCAUCGCCAUCAUCGGCGACUCCCUCACCGACGGUCGUGGUUCUACCACCAACGCCAACAACCGCUGGCCCGACCAGCUCCUCGCCCGCCUCAACGCCGACAACAACGCCACCACAUCGGCCCGCCGCCCGGCUAUCGCGAUCCUGAACCAGGGCGCCGGCGGCAACCGCGUCCUCGCCGACGGGCUGGGCCCCAACGCCAUGGCCCGCAUCGACCGCGACGUCCUCUCGCACCCGGGCGUGCGCUACGUCCUCUUCUUCAUCGGCGUCAACGACAUCGGCACCGCCGCCGCCGAGCCGGGCCCGCAGGCCGUUGUCGGGGACCGCCUCGCGCAGGCCUUCCACCAGAUGGCUACCCGGCUGCGGCGCCACGGGCUUGCCGUGUUCGGCGCGACGCUGACGCCCAUGUCUGGCCCGGGCCAGGCGUACGGCCACCCGGAGCGGGAGAAGACGAGGCAGGGGCUCAACGAGUGGAUCCGCGCCGCCGAGGGGACGGUGUUCGAUGCCGUGGUGGAUUUUGAUGCUAUGGUGAGGGAUCCGGAGAACCCGGAGACGUUGGCACCGCCUUACAACGAGGGGGAUCACUUGCACUUGAGCCCUAGGGGGUAUCAGGCUAUGGCGGAUGGGUUUGACUUGGAGUUGUUUGCCAGGUUUGCUGGCGCGGGGAGGAGGUUCUAA